AGAGCAUCCAUUAGCAUGUAUAGUGCUCCACAUGCAAUAUAUCUGUCGGGACGACCGACGCAAGCUGCUCAUCCUUCGCGAGUUCUACAGCGUCGUGCCAGCAUCUUCUGUCCUUACCGUUGCCACCGUUGCCGUCGGCCCGUCGCCCUUGGAAUCAUCUAUAUCUCCUCAUUGGGAUGUCUGAAUUCACGCAGUCUACUUGUCCGACAACACACGAGAUCGCCAUCUUGGUCCCUGUGAUCAUCCUGAGCCCGUUGGUCACGGUGGCGUUAGUACUUGCUGUCAUAGCCUACUUCAGGUGCCGGGAACGGCGCAAGCAUCGGCCAAAACUGACAAAUCUAUGCGACGUCGAACAACGACUAUCCAAGUAUAUUCACAGUGACGGACCUGCGAGUCGGAGUGUCACGCCGUUCCAGCAGUUUGAGGCACCUUCCGCCGAAUCACAGUCGCCAAAGAGCCCCUACCUCGCACGCUGGGACUCCGAGAGGCACGACGUCGAAAGGCCCGGUCCACAGAGUAUCAGCUUGACGGCACCGUCUGUCCCGGACUCAAACACUGGCACUUCGCUUCGACAGAGCUCGGAGUACACUGCUCAGGCUGUUCGGGCGGAGUCGUCGAGACCGCCCUCGUACUCUACUACGGCACCAGUCACACCCACAAGCUGCAACAGCUACACCGUAAGUGACCUUGCGCAUCAAGAGGUCACGGAACAUGUUGCGACGUUCGACUCUCCGCAGCUUUCUGCGUUCCAUCGCCAAGAAUGUCGUUGUGGGAGGAGCCUGUUGAUCAUCUCGACUACGGCCCGCGGCCUCCGCCACCAGCGUUCCACGAGCCUCUUCUUCAGCCGUCACAUUCAACAAGGAUAUAUUGAAUGGGUGACUACAGCUGCGGGACUCCGACCCAACCUCACGUUCACCGAAUUGUAGUGGCAUAUCUCGCGACGGUGCCGCGGCGGCGGCCAUAAUGUAUACUGGACUAGACUUACGAUAAUGUCCUGGAUGAUGCAAACAACAGACUUUUACAGGGGUCGGUACUAGCAGAGGGAGGCUGCUACACGUACGUGCGCUUGAACGGGGCCGUGCCGGUUCACCAUCCAACUUCAACACUAC